AAACAAUACUGGGCCUUAUGCGGUCAAUACAGCCACCAAUAAAUCGUUGCAUGAACCGAAGCAGUAGACUGAGAAGGACGGAAACGUUUUGAACUCAUCUUAGAGUUUCUGUUUCUAUCCACCCUAAGAAGUUGACAGCUAGAACAGAUGCAUCAUUCGUGAAGCUUUCAGUCUAUUAUGGCUCUAUCAAAUCAUGAACUCGAACGCAGUAUGAUUUUGGUCAUGGGUGUGACAGGUUCGGGCAAAAGCUACUUUAUCAACAAGUUGGCGAAAGGCUCUGUUGUGGAAGGGCAUGGCGUACGAUCUGAGACGAGUGACUGCCAGAUUGUCCAGGUAGCUGUUGGUAGUGAUGUCGUCGCUCUCGUAGACACACCUGGCUUCGACGAUACGCAGCGGUCUGAUUCCGAGAUCUUGGAGCAAAUUGUCGAAUUUCUCUGUGCUCAAUACAAGCUCGGUAUUCCACUCAAGGGCAUUAUCUACAUGCACCGGAUUACGGACAACAAAAUGUCAGGUUCAGCUCGGAGAUACCUGGAGAUGUUCACGCGCCUGUGUGGAGAUAGAAAUCUGGAGAAUGUGGUCCUCUUGACAACCAUGUGGAGCGAACUCAAAGAUCAAGGAAAAGGCAUGGAGCGAGAGCGUGAGCUCCGAAGAGAGUUUUGGGAUGCAAUGGAAAGUCGUGGUUCAAAAAUCCGGAAGUUUGAUGGGACUCAGUCUAUGGCAUCUGCACUUGUGCAUAGACUACAGCGUAAGCCGGAUAUUGUGUUGGAGAUCCAGGAGCAGCUGGUGGAUGAAGGAAGACAACUUGACCAGACGGAAGCUGGAAAACUCAUGGUCCCUCAGAUUGAGGUCGCAAUUGAGAAAUCCGAGCAGAAGCUUCGAGAUCUAAGCAAGAGAGGCAAUUUAGGCGUGGGACGUAGCCGCUCGGAGGUCAAGGAACUGGAACAGCAACGGGGAUCUCUGGUUGAGCAGCGCAAAAGGUUACAGUCUAGGCCUGGUGAAACGAUUUCAGAAAAGAUCGAAGGCCAACGCAAGCGAGACAGGAUGAUGAGCAAGCUUUCAAUCUUCGGUACAGUCCUAGGAGUGGCCUUAACUAUGACAGUGAACGUUAUUUUGCCACUGGUUGGAGUCAUAUAAUAAUUUAGACGAGCGUUUGAGGGUAAAACUUUUCGAUCAGACAUGCUACAUACAGUG